AUGAAUCCACCAGAUAAACCAUCACAACCUCCGCCGUUGAAACCACUCUCGCCUCAAGACUGGGAAUCCCUACUCGACGAUUUCCAACAAGGCGAUCCUCUCCAUCACAAAUGGACCGCACCACACCGACUCCAAUCUCUCCUCGAUCACGCCUUCACUUCCCUCCUCAAAAAAGACUUCCCUUCCAAGCUUGCUCUCCUUCUCUUCCUCGAAGAAUUCUCCGAAACUUUUUUCACUCACGAAACGCACCUCAACCGUCUCCUUGAAUCUCUCCGCUCCGUUAUUCAAUCCCCACUGGACGGAUUAGCCAUCACGUAUAAUUUAAAAGAACAAUUCAUGGUAAGCACGACUUCGAUUUUUAUAACUGUGAACGCGCUUGAGAAAUUUCACGCGCGGUUCGUUGAGGGUUUAGUUGAGCUUUUAGUGUUGGUUAUUAACAGGCCUAAUCACAGUAUGGAUAGGCAAACACGAGCGAUUGCGUGCGAGUGCUUGCGCGAAUUGGAGAAAUGCUGGCCGUGUUUGCUGUCUAAUAUGGCUGGACAUUUGUGGAGUUUGUGCCAAAAUGAGAGAACUCAUGCUUGUCAAUCUUACCUUUUGUUGUUUACUAAUGUUGUUUUUAAUAUUGUUAAUACCAAGUUGAAUGUUUCGAUAUUGAAUACUUCGGUUCCUUUGGUUCCGUUUAGUGUUCCUCAAUGGGUUUUGUUAGGCGGGGAGGGAAGUAAAGAGGUGGUUGUGGGGUUGAAUUAUAAGGAGUUGAGGAGAGCGAUGGCGUUUUUAUUAGAGUCGCUGCAGGUUUUGACGCCUAGUGGGAUGAUGGAGUUUUUAGGGAUGGUAAUGCCCGUGGCUCUAGCUUUGGAGCUGCAGGCGUCGAUGUUGAAAGUCCAGUUUUUUGGGAUGAUUUAUUCCUUUGAUCCUUUGUUGUGUCAUGUUGUUUUAAUGAUGUAUUUUCAGUUUUUGGAUGCUUUUGAUGGGCAAGAGGGAGAGAUUGUUACUCGAUUGAUGUUGAUUUCGAAGGAGACGCAGCAUUAUUUGGUUUUUAGAUUACUUGCUCUUCAUUGGUUGUUGGGGUUAUUGAGUAAAUUGAUGUUCAGUGGAGAGGUUGGGAAAUAUAAGUCAAUUUUUGAGUUGGGUUUGAGAUUUUAUCCAGCUGUGUUUGAUUCACUUGCUUUGAAAUCAUUGAAGCUUGAUUUGCUUGCCUUCUACUCGAUAUGUCUUGAUAUGUUGAAACUGGAGAGUUAUUCUGGUGAGGAGGUGGGUAUUGGGAAAUCUGCAGCUAAGCUGUUUGAAGAUGGUCUGGUUUCUGUUUCGGCUUUCAAAUGGUUGCCUCCUUGGAGUACAGAAACUGCUGUGGCAUUCCGUGCAUUUCAUAAGUUUUUGAUUGGUGCCUCAUCUCAUUCUGACAGCGAUCCUUCCACCACUAGAACACUCAUGGACUCAACCAUCUUCCAUACUUUACAGGGGAUGCUAGUGGACUUGACAUUGCAGUUUCAGAGAUUGGUCCCUGUCAUUGUUUCUUACAUUGACCGCUUGCUCGGCUGUCAAAAGCAUUGUUGGCUGGGAGAGCGCUUGCUUCAGACAGUUGAUGAGUUUUUGCUUCCAAAAGUCAAAAUAGACUAUAAAUUGUCUUCUUACUUGCCAAUAUUUGACAGAAUAGCAGAAGACAAGACAAUACCUCCCGGUGGAUUGCUAGACCUCCUUCUCAAGUUUAUGGUUUUUCUUGUCGAGAAACAUGGCCCUGAUACAGGGCUCAAAUCUUGGUCCCUGGGAAGUAAAGUUCUUGGCAUUUGUCGAACUAUGCUGAUGCACCACCAUAGCUCUAGAUUGUUCCUUGGGUUAUCUCACCUCCUUGCAUUCACAUGUCUAUACUUCCCUGAUUUGGAGGUUCGCGACAAUGCAAGGAUCUACCUGCGGAUGCUGAUCUGUAUACCAGGACUGAAGCUUCGAGACAUACUGAACCUGGGGGAGCAACUCCUUGGUAUUUCUCCAUCUUCACAUUCCAGUUCUUUCUUCAAUGUUCACUCUCCUCGACAACAUUAUCAGCAUUUCAAGAAAUCUAGGAACAUCUCAUCCUACAUUCACAUUGAGCGCAUAAUACCAUUGCUUGUUAAGCAAUCCUGGUCCUUGUCGUUGUUACCUUUGGGCGAUGGGAGUGCCAAAGCUGGUUAUCUAGAGAGCAUAAGGGAUAGGGAACCUCAGGUUGACUUAAGAGAUCUGGAUGGCAGUGAAAAUUUGGAGAUUGCCCCAGAAACUGAAAGAAUCUAUCAGCCUCAAGAGCCAUUACGCGUAAUGGAUUCAAAGAUUUCAGAGAUCUUAGAAAUAUUAAGGAGGCAUUUCUCAUUUAUUCCUGAUUUUAGGCAUAUGCCUGGGCUCAAGGUUAGAAUAUCCUGCCAUUUGAGAUUUGAAUCCGAGCCUUUCAAUCAUAUAUGGGGAGAUAAUUCACCUACUAGUCAGUUGGAUGGAGAAGAUGCCCUUCCUGCCAUAUAUGCAACUGUCCUUAAAUUUUCAUCCCCAGCACCAUAUGGAUCUAUUCCAUCAUAUCGCAUUCCUUUUCUUCUUGGUGAACCUCCCAGGAAUGGUGAUAUUUCCAGUCAGACUGUUUCACUAGACAUUGUUCCUGUAGAAAAUGGUGCUAGAGAAGAGGAAAGCUUUAGAGCUCCUGUAACAAUUGAUUUGGAACCACAGGAACCAACACCUGGUCUAGUUGAUGUUUCCAUUGAAGCAAAUGCAGAAAAUGGUCGGAUCAUCCAUGGUCAGCUUCAAAGUAUCACAGUAGGUAUAGAGGACAUGUUUCUCAAGGCUAUUGUCCCAUCUGACAUUGCAGAAGAUGCAAUACCUGCUUAUUAUUCACAGUUAUUCAAUGCUCUCUGGGAGGCUUGCGGUGCUCCUUCCAACAUAGGGCGGGAGACAUUCCAAUUAAAGGGGCAUAAGGGUGUGGCAGCAAUCAGCGGAACCCGAUCAGUCAAGCUGCUUGAAGUUCCUGCAGGCUCUCUGAUACGGGCCACUGAGCAAUAUCUUGCACCCUUUGUUGUUAGUGUGAUUGGUGAACCACUUGUUAACAUGGUGAAGGAUGGGGGAAUAAUCAGAGACAUCAUAUGGAAGGAUUCUACAGCAGAUUCUUUGCUUGGUAGCUCUACCUCAGUUACACCAGGUUUAGAAAGAGGUCCCCUUCAUCUUACCUAUGGUGAGGAUGAGGAUGAGAGUGGAAGUUCUAUAAAUUUUAGUAAAAGAAACAUGGGUUGCUUUCUUGUAUUGAUAUUUCUUCCUCCAAGGUUCCAUCUCCUUUUCCAAAUAGAAGUAAGUGACCUUUCAACCUUGGUUCGAAUUAGAACUGAUUACUGGCCAUGCUUAGCUUAUGUUGAUGAUUAUCUGGAGGCUUUGUUUUUGGCAUAG